UCAUACAACUAAAUUUACCUCCCAGAAGCCCUUUGAACGAAAAACUAAUUACGAUCGGUCUACCCUGAGAACCAAAGCAAACCGACCAAACUAACUACCAUACUAAGAUCAACUAAUGUACCAGGUGUCUUCUUUCUCAAGUCCAUGUUCAAGACCGCACAGUCGUCAUUCGUGUAUGUAAUAACAAAGGACGUAAUGUCCAAUUGGGUGAUAAGUCAUUUUUUGUUCACAGACAGAACCCCCAGCAGAUCCAUUAUGUUUCUUCUUGGGGGACUUUAUUACAGGGGGAAAAGACGGAAUCGGGGAAUGGAUGCAGCUAUUAUACUAUCUUCCACUUGAGGCCAUUGUUGACAAGAGGUUUAUCUAUGCAAUGGCGCAUAGGCCAUUAUAUCAGGAUUGACAGGAUAGAAAUAAUUGAAAGGCUUAAUAUCAUGGAUGCCAGAUCACUAGGCUUAAUUGACUUGAUGGGGUCUGACCGCACGGAAAAUCGUAACAUAGAAGGUUUCGGACACAAUGCUGGAAGGCGUGGCAUUGUCGACUUUGGGCCACUAAUCUGGGUGAGGAACAAAGAAUAUUGCAGUGAAGCGGCGGCAGAAACACAAACCGAGUUAGCGGUGAACUCAAGGAAUCCUACCAGCAGUGCUUGAUUCAGUACUUCGAAGAAUCAUGUCUUCUUCUGCAACCAUCGUAAAUGAUCGUAAACAUGCUACAGGAAGACUCCAGGGGACACAGAGACAAUUGCCUGUAAACCAGAGCUUGCCUUCAGCUGAUGUAGAUCGUGUUGCGGCUGCUGCUACAAGGCAAAGGACUCCCUCUACUCCAGAUGUAGAACAAGGAACAGGUACAACAAAUGCUAGGUGUCCAAGUCAAAGGAAGAGACAGCCCCCUAUAACAGCUGCAGAACCAGGUACAGGUGCAGAAAAUAUGAGGCGUACGAAGCAGAGGGCAACCCCCACAGCAGCUGUACAAUCAAGUACUGGUACAGAAAUUUCUAGAGUUCCAAGUCAAAUGAGAACACACACCCCUAUAGUGGCUGUAGAACCAGGUACAAGUGCAGGUAAUACGAGGCGUACAAAGCAGAGGACAACCCCCACAGCAGCUGUACAACUAGGUAAUGGUACAGCAAAUUCUAGGCAACCAAGUCAAAGGAGGACAGCCGCCCCUAUAGCAGCUGUAGAACCGAGUACAGGUGCAGACAAUAUGAGGCGUGCCAAGAAGAGGACAACCGCCACAACAGCUGUACAAUCAGGUAGAAGGGAAAGAAAUUCUACACAUAAAAGGGCAAAGAGUAGCCCCCGUAUGACUGAUGAAGAAGAGGGUGAUGCUGAGGAGGACAAUAAUAGGCCAAAGAGGCAGCCGAUUUUUGAGCGUGACCUGACACCGGAACAGAGGGACAUUCCGGACACCGAACUUCUCCAUCGUUUAGGAUAUCACCUCUCUGCAUAUGCGAGAGCUGGACUGGGUCCCCCUACCCAAAAUCUUAACUAUCGAGGUGCUUGGCGUAUUGCAAUAGAACUGUAUAAUGAAGCAAAUGAUCAGUACAAGGAACUUUUUAACGCAGCUGGUUUUGAAGAUUUUCUCAAAAUCAAACCAGUGGACGUUCCCGUUGCAUACAAUUUGGCCUUAACAGAGAGGUGGUUCAGUGAAACCAAUACCCUCCACCUACCUUGUUGUGAAAUCGGUGCAACUCCUGUAGACUGGACAAUGAUCACUGGCUUAAGGUUUGAAGGUCAUCGCAUAAAGUUCAGUUCCAAAUUCACUAUAGAAAGAGCGCUGGACCUUCUUGGAAAACCUGAAGCUAAGAGGGAUGGUAAGAUCAACCUGAAAUCCAUUAAACCUGAGCCGGAAGAGAUCAGAGAUGAGCCAGCAACUUAUGAUGAAAAGAAAAAGAUUUUUCGCCGCUUGUUCCUUUAUGUUGUAGGUAGUUGUUUUUUUAACAACAAUCGUUCAGUGAUUAGUCAUCACUUCGUGAAGUUUCUAAUAAGAAUACAUGAAGUGGGAUCUUAUGAUUGGGGGUCAAUUACAUUUGCAACCUUCCUUGCUGGAAUGCGAAGAAAGGUCACUGGAGAAAUAGGAGCUCUUACAGGGUUCUGGCAGUUUCUUCCGUUCUGGGCCUUCGAAUAUUUGGAUGUAAGUCGUCCGGAGCAUCAUGAUGCGGAUGUCUUUCCGAGGGCAAGGCGAUGGAUAUGUCCAAAAGGUUCUACUAAUAACGAGUCAACCCAGUUUCUCGCUAACCGCUGUAAAUUAAAUUUUGUUGAGGAAUCCCAGGUGACCUGGCAGCCUUACUUGAGCAGUGCAAUAUAUGGGUCUGAUGUCCUGAUGUACUCACUUUUUCUUUCAAAGAGGAGGGUUCCGUUUCAGGGAAUUGGCACCUGGGAGUACUAUCUCGGGGAGAGAUGUCGGCGGCAGUUGGGAUUCCGUUGUCAAGUUCCCAAUGAUCCUCCGCAGAUGAUGCAUGGACCUAAGGAUCGCCCAGAGGAUGUCCGAGCUGUUACUCUCGUCAAAGUGGGUCUAGAUUAUGCUUCGUGGUUUGCGAAUAAUUCAAUUGGAAAUAUCCUUAAUGUGACCCGAAGUCUUGGUGGGCCUGAAAUUGCGGGAAAGGUCAUAGACCAGUGGCUGGCCAAGCACCAACCGAACCUGAUCCUUGUUGAGCAAUCUCAGUACGAGAAAAUAAAAGAGGAUCGCAAUGCUCUUGAAGAGGAGUGCGCCAAGCUUCGAGAGGAAUUGUCUCGAGCUAGAGGGAAAUCUACCGAUGUUUAGACAAGGCCAAGGAUCUACUGUUUGUACUGGCUGGUUCUCUGAUGCUUCCUGCACCAUAUGUCAGGCUUCCUCAUCUUGCGCUAGGUUCAGACUCUCCACAAGUCCAUGGUUGUGUGUACACCUGCAUUUCUUCAAGUCCUUGAAUUUUUAGUUCUAUUGAUGGAUUUAAUCGUUCUGCUUCAAAUUGGAAGUUUAAGUGUCUUUUACUUUUGAAUUUGGUUUUCUAUAUCGGAUUUGAAUUUGUGUUUAGCAUUGUUAUGAAUCUUUCUAUGCAAAGUCAAAAUGGUGCGAUGCGCAACUCGUCUCAAUGCAUUAGGUUCCAUAGUCUGUUGGAUCAGUUUAAACUGGAUAAGUAUUAAUUAUGUUUGAAGUAUAUUAUAUUAUUGACUUAAUUGCAAA